AGGCGCGGGGCAGUGACGCAACGCGCCCCUAGUGGCGGGUGUCUUCGCGCCUUCGCUCUGUAGCCUCUGGAUUCCGUUUCCACGGUUACGGCGGCGCGAGGCUCGGUCCCAGGUAAGAUCCGGGUGGAACGGAAACGUGAUACUUGAGGGACCGAAGGCAGCAAGGCUUAGGGGAACGGGGAAGCGGGACCUGGGCUCGGGGUCGGGGGAGGUCUAACCUUUCGCCCCUGUGCGUGCCCCCACCGCGGGCUCUGGUUAGCUCUGCCCGGCGAUUCCCCAAGGAUGCUGUCCCGCCCACUAGUGUUCUUCUGCCCCACGAACUGUCCUGGACCCCCACAACCCCUCUUCCCGAGUCUCCCAGCUGCUGACCUCACUCUUCUCUGUCGCCAAGUCACUGACAUGCAGCUGUUUGUCCGUGCCCGGGAGCUGCACACUCUUGAAGUGACCGGCCUGGAGACAGUUGCCCAGAUCAAGGCUCAUGUGGCCUUCCUGGAGGGCCUCACCACUGAAGACAAAGUCGUGCUUCUGGCAGGUUCUCCCCUGCAGGAUGAAGCCACCCUGGGUCAGUGUGGGGUAGAAGCCCUGGCAACCCUGGAAGUGGUUGGCCGAAUGCUAGGAGUGGGAAAACGAAAGAUGGAUCGAGAGCAUCGCAUGUUUCAAGAAAAGUGGGAACGAGCGUAUUUCUUUGUGGAAGUUAAGAAUAGCCCUGUGUGUUUAAUAUGUAACCAGACUUUGUCUGUGUCAAAAGAAUACAACUUAAGACGCCAUUACGAGACAAACCAUAGUAAGCACUUUGACCGGUAUACGGAAGAGAUGCGUGAUGAGAAACUUAAUGAACUAAAGAAAGGACUAAACUUUCUUCAGCAUCUGUCAUCAAAUACAAAUAAACUAAGUGAUGCUGCCGUGAAAUGCAGUUAUGUCAUAAGUGAGAAAAUUGCCCGGGCAUCAAAACCUUUUACAGAUGGUGAGUUUAUAAAAGACUGUCUCUUGAGUGCUGCGGAAAUCCUGUGUCCAGAGCAGAAACCAGCAUUUGCCAACAUAAGUCUAACUGGAAACACUGUUGCUCAGCGAGUAAAAGAUAUGGCUGAGAACCUACAGGACAAGUUGCGAGAAAAAGUGAAAUCAUUUGUGACAUUUUCUAUUGCAGUUGAUGAGAGCACAUACAUAAAUAAUACGAGCCAGUUGAUUAUAUUUAUCCGGGGUGUUGAUGAGAAUUUUGACAUCACUGAAGAACUUUUGGACAUGGUGCCCAUGACAGACCCAGCAUCUGAGGAUGACCUAUUUUUGUAUGUUGAGAAAAGUCUUGAAAAGUUUAAUGUUGACUGGUCAAAACUAGUAAGUGUAACCACAGAUGGUGCUCCUGCGAUGGUCUGUGAUCACACUGGACUUGUUGCAAAACUUAAGUCCAAGGUCAAAAUGUUCUUCAAGGAUGCAGAGCUUAAAUCUAUCCACUGCAUUAUUCACCAGGAAUUGUUCUGUACUAAAAAGUUAAAGCUAGAACAUGUCAUGGAUGUAGUGAUUAACACAGUAGACUGGAUACGCACCCGUGGCUCCAACCACAGGCAGUUCAGGGCUUUGCUUGAGGAACUGAAUGCCCAAUACGGGAAUCUCCUUUACUAUACAAAGGUAAGGUGGCUUAGUCGUGGCAUGGUGCUGAAGAGAUUUUUUGAAUUGAUAAAAGAGAUAGAUUUGUUCAUGUCUUCCAAGGGCAAACCCCUUCCCCAGCUCACCAGUGAAGACUGGAUCAGAGACCUGGCCUUUUUAGUUGACAUUACAAACCAUCUGAACACUUUGAAUAUCUCCCUUCAGAGACGUUCACAAGUAGUGACACAAAUGUAUGAUUCAGUUUGCUCUUUCCUCGCAAAAUUGAGUCUCUGGGAAGCUCAUUUGGCUGCAAAUAAUCUGGCUCACUUUCCUACACUGAAAUCAGUUUCCAGAAACGAACGUGAUGGCUUAAUCUACAUCCCCAAAAUUGUGGAGUUAAAGAUGGAAUUCCAAAAAAGGUUCUUUGAUUUCAAACAUUAUGAAAAUGAACUCGUACUGUUUAGCUCACCUUUCUCAAUUAACAUCGAUUGCGUUAAUGAAGAAUUACAAAUGGAAGUUAUUGAACUGCAGUGUAAUACGGUAUUAAAAACUAAAUAUGAUGACAUUGGAAUACCAGAAUUCUACAAAUACCUCAGCAAGAGUUACCCCAAAUAUAGAAAACAUUGUGCAAAAAUUCUGUCCAUGUUCGGAAGCACCUAUGUCUGUGAACAGCUGUUUUCUGUUAUGAAAUUGAGUAAAACUAAGUUUCGCUCCCAAUUAAAGGAUACAGGAUUACACUCAGUUCUCCACAUUGCGACUCGAAAUAUGAGACCAGACAUUGACAUCUUGGUGCAGAAAAAAAGGUGUCAGGUUUCUGGUUCCAAAUCAAAGGAAUAACAGAUUAUGAACAAAAAUUUUCAUAAUUAAAAGAUUUCUAUUUUUCUUUUUUUUUUUUUUUAAUUUUUUUUUUCAACGUUUUUUAUUUAUUUUUGAGACAGAGAGAGACAGAGCAUGAGCGGGGGAGGGGCAGAGAGAGAGAGGGAGACACAGAAUCGGAAACAGGCUCCAGGCUCCGAGCCAUCAGCCCAGAGCCUGACACGGGGCUCGAACUCACGGACCGUGAGAUCGUGACCUGGCUGAAGUCGGACGCUUAACCGACUGCGCCACCCAGGCGCCCCAAGAUUUCUAUUU